CAAUAACACCAAAGGACUGCGGCGUUGCUUGUUCAGUGGUUGACGACCAGCCAGACGCAGCACCCGCCACCGCACAGCAUACCGCAGCAAGCAACACGCAGAAGGCCAGGGAUUGCGUCUUGCUUGCAUCUCGAGGGCUUUCGGUGCCGCGCGGUCAUGAUCCGGGUGGUGGGCAAAGACGCGAUGGGAGAUGAUGGCGACGAUGGCAAGGAAGACGGUGAGGAGUUUGACGAUGACGACGACGAAUUCCUGGAUGUCUUGGGCGGCCUCCGUGUGGUGAGCCACAGCCCAAGCAAAGCGCCGUUGCACUCGCCUUCACGAGCCACAAUGGCUUCCAGUGCAGGAGGCGAAGAAGCGGGUGGCCCACCUCCCAUGGACGACCGCGAGUACCGGGCGUGGGCCGUCGCCUUCAAGCACCCGCAACGCGUCCGAUCCCUGAACAUGGCCUCGAAACAGAUCACAAGGGUGCCAGACGACAUCACGUCGUGCCCCGUCUUGGAAAAGCUCAAUCUCAACAACAACCAGUUGCAGUCGCUGCCGGACUGUAUCGGAGAAGUCAAGCACCUCAAGCUCUUGCAUGUUGGCAACAACAAGUUGCACACGCUGCCUUCAUUUUUGCUGCACAUGCCAGACUUGCAAACCCUCCAGGCCUUUCACAACUCCAUCACAACCGUCUUCCCGCAGCCGGUACAAGAGCCAAAGUUCUCCAGCUUGCGUGCGCUCAACCUCAACAACAAUCUUAUCACCGAACUGCCGGAGUGCAUUGGCGGGCUGGCCAAUCUCGAGUCGCUCUCUGUCGACUUCAACCAACUCACCACACUUCCCUCUUCGAUCGGAAAGCUGCGCAAGCUGCGGAUGUGUUCGGCGAAAGGGAAUCAGAUCACUGCCCUGCCGGAAGCAAUGGGGCAACUUGAGAUGCUGCGUGAGCUCAUCUUGAUCGACAAUGCCCUCGUGGACAUUCCGCUCUGUCUUCUGCUGUGCCGGCGUCUCGCUGUUCUCGACGUCUCCCUCAAUCGCAUUCGCACGCUCGACUGGCGGGUCGUUGACCAUAGUCGCAUCAAGCACCUGCACUUGGAGAAGAAUCCAUUCAAAUCCAAAUCGCGGGGCCACAUUCCGGAAAUGGGACACGUCCUGCCGCUGCAGGAGCUCGUCGCACGGCGCGUGCUUGCAAGCAUAUCAGACCCCAUUAUGCAAGGCGGUGGUGACAAGAUGCAGCAACAGCAGCAACAACGGCCAGGACACCACGCAAGCACGGCCAUGCCUGCUCGCGGCAAAGUGUCGCGCGAGUCCUUCCGAAAAGCGUUUGUGGCGGGUGUGGGCGCUCUAAAUAUCAACGACAAAUGCAAAGACUUCCUACUUUGCGGCGACGUCUGCUCCGUCUGCGGAGGGUGGUUUGUGUCGGUGUAUUUGGAGGCAGUGCAGUUUAUUCCUGCGCGGAGCGGCGUUCAUCUUGACCGCGGCCUUGCCGGCAUACCCGUGCGCAAGAUGGUGUGCAGCCGCAAGUGCUUCGAUGAGGCAAAAUACUACGCCAACACCUGAUGUGCCAUCACCUUGCUCUUCAGUUGGUCCGCAGGCGGGCCUCUCGCUUCACUGAUCUUUUUGGUUCACAUUUCACUCGCUACCUCUCAGUCCAUUCAUCACGCACACACACACACAUUCAACAAACCAAACCAAAACAAAAACACACACACAUACACGCACAUCCAAACGAACACACAUCCAAACAAACAAACAAACAAACAAACAAACAAACAAACAAAC